GGCCAAUCAAACACUCUCCCCUGCCAACUUCCUCUCUCUCUAGAAAUUUGGUAGUUUAUUUCUUUAAAGAAGCUUCAAGCUUCCAUAGCUUCCAUUAAUGGCUUCUAUGCCUAAAUCAUGUAUCGUGUAUACACCCCCCGAUAUUAAUAAAAAUUCUCCGUUGGCAAGGUACCGCCAAAAAAGGCCUGUAGUUUUUUCCCGAUUUGGGUUUCCACGUAAAAAUCCUCGUGUUUAUAGUUUGCUGUAUUUUUUAGACUCGUUUAUCGUUUUAGCCGGGCUAAAAAUGAUAUACCGGUCGAUAAUUUACACCAUCAUUUUGAUGCCACCCGUGGGACCCGAGCAGAAACCCAUGAUUUUGAUUGUUCCUGCUCAUACAAAAAAAAACCCCAAAGAAAAGGGGUUGAAAUAAAAAAAAGUGGGUGAUUCAAGAGUGAGAGAGGGGAGGGUUUUUGAUUUUUUGAUUUGACAAAAAAAGAGAAAGAAAGGAGAGCCCCAAAUUGGAGCGGCCAAUAGAUCGAGCUCAGAGCCGCCGCUGCCACCUACCGGAGUCCGCCAUCUGCUGGUACUCGCCCUUCCCUAAGCUACCGGAGUCCGCCAUCGCUGCUGCUCAGAGCCGCCACCGCCGUUUCCGCUGCUCAAACCAGCCGCCGCCGCCGUUGCUCAAACCAGCGCAGCCGCCGCCGCUCAAACCUGCUGCCACUGCCGAAUUCAAUCGACGGGAUUGCCGCCGCCGCCGAACUCAAUCAUCGUUGGUCGUUGGAUCCAUUCACCGCCAUCCACAUCUAGCGCCGGAGGGCCGCGUGAUGCUGACAAGUUGUUGUAUCUGCAGCCGCUGGAGUCUAUUGAUAACAUCUUGAGGUCCGCCAUUACCGACAAUGGAGUUGGAUUCGUCGCCGGUGUUGGUUGAAACUCAAGCCUGAGUCAACCGCCCUUCUAUUUGUUGCCGGAGGACGAUUCUCGUUCUCUUCUUCCGGCAUCAGCAGCCGCCCAAGUUCACCCCCUAGCUCGCACGGAAUCAGAAAACAAGUGCCACCUCGCACGUCGGAUUCAUCACCGGCGCGGAUUCACCGGCGGAGAACACAUCCAGCAAAUUAAAAUUGCAUCUGCAGAGCACCACGGCCGAUUUCAUAGCUUCCAUGCUUCCGGCAAAAGUCCACUUACUCCGGCGACUUCCCUCGGCUAGUGAUUCUGUUCACCACCAGACAAUACGGAGGCACCGCCGGUAACUCCACUCCCUGCCGCGCCAACAGAUUGUUCGUUUGAUCACCGGUGCCGCUGGCUUUGUCAGAUCCCACUAUAUCCCGGUGCUCAAGGAGCCAGGAGACGUGUUGCGGUUGGAUAAUUUUGACCGCUAUUACGAGGCUCACCACCACCAGCUCCGGAAGAUCAUGUCCCGAUCUGCCUUGUCUUCCACUUGGGUGAAUCAAUGCAACGGCAGAAUGGGUCGUGCCGCUGGUUACCUCUGUCGUCGCUAGUGACGUCCGCCAUCAUCACCAUUCUUCCCCAAGGGUCGGGCGGACAGAUUGAAGAGCGGCUAUGAUGGAAAAAAUUCAGUCCUUGAAGAACAGUUGAAGUUUUAUGAGGAGAAAUUCAGUCCUUGGAGGAUAAUCCGUGAAAAAUUUCAGUCCAUGGUUGAAAAUUUCAAUCCACUCCCAUAUUGAUUAUUGGGGAGCAAUCAAGAAACUUCACAAGUGGGCAGAGCAAUUAAAAUUCUCCGCACAUAGAAAGAGCAUCAAUGUGAAGGAGAAGAGGCCAAAAAUAAAAGAGAUGAAGAGAAGAUGCCACAAACAUAAAGAGAUGGACAAAAAUUCAAAAGGAUAUGGCAGUAGCUUCACACAACCACGCACUCACGCCAAAAGAAAAAGGGUGGUGGGCUAUCAAGAAUUACUCCCCACAAAUUUCACAAGGCCCCCACCAAUUCAUCAUUUUGAUAGGAUAUGUAUAAAUUGGGUGCUUGGCCCAUUCAAAAUAAUGGAGGGUACUGUGCUGAAAUUUGAGCAGAAGCCAUGUGGGAAGGAGUGGAGGAUCAAGAGGAUUAAAAGAAAAAAGAUACGAAAAAGAUUCUAAGUGGUGGGGUCUUCGUUUUUUUAUGGAUGGCAGUGUCUCCCUCACCAUUAUAUGAAAAAGAUUCUCUCCAACUCUUGACCUGUGUGAUGCAUGGAUUUGGACAUCUCGGUCAGUGUGUUAUUUGGAGAUAAAAGGCUCAUAUCUCAACAAGUGGGCUUUGCACAUGCACAAUCAAGGAUAUGUUUUCAGAGAAUUUUGAAGGGAAGACUGGGACACAGGCCCGGACCUGGCACGCCGGUUACUACACCGGUCUUGCUCAGUAUAAAAUAAAAAAAUUAUAAACCCGGAAGAGGGGCCCGGUAGAGGGUAUGCCUGCAAGAGGGCUGGACCUGGAAGAAGGUUCGAACCGUACUUACACGGGCCCAUGAGGUUUGACCGGUAUCGGGGAAUCAGCCGGUGCCGUCAAAUUGAUUGGGGACUAAAAGAUGCUCAUUAAAAGAAAUAGAAGGGGAUCGUCUACCGUGGCGCAUCCUAUUUCCCCCUUCUCAGGGAAGACUUGAACGGGGGGUGAGCUAAGGCCUUCCCGGGAUAGUAAAUAUCAAAGGGCCAUUAAAAGACUUAAUCACCCGGAAGAGGGGGCCCUGGAAGAAGGGUGCAUUUUGGGCCUUGGAGAGGGCUCGAAACCAUCCGACAUGCUUAAUUCUCCAAUGUUGAUCUGGCCCAGCCAGCAGCAUUAUCUUAUUAGAAGACUGAGACAUAGGUCUGGUCUGGCACGCUGGUUACUACACCAGUCUUGCUCAGUAUAAUAAAGAAAAUAUGUGACCCAGUCGAACUGGUACACUGGUCUCACACCAGUCUUACACAUAUUUUCCAAUAAGCCUGAGCCCAAUCGAAUUGGGUACACCGAUUGCACAUCGGUUUCAGCAAAAAAGUGAGCAAAGCUCAUAUCGGGGACGCCCGAUUCAUUUAAGCCCUCUAUUCGAGGCACUUUGAUCGAAGAUGGUCUCCGCGAGACAUGAAGAUAUUUACAUUAGGCCGGUCAAGAAAAAAAAUGUUGUACAUAUUAUUUUUGCAGGAAAACCUUCUGAUUGAAGAAAUUGGAGAACUAAUGAAGACUCGGAGGACAAGCAACAAUAUCAACCGGUCAAGAAUCCAAAGUACGAAGAUCGAAGAUAGCACUCGGAGGACUUGUUUACUUUUUCAAGUUGAUGAUUCUCACAACUUAAAAAAGUGGAGGACUUAUUGAGGGGAAAUAAUACGUGGCUCGGCCCACAUUUCCCAAUUAUUUUACGAAGAAUAGUCAAACCGAGCCUGUUUAAUAAAAUAGAGGAAUAAGAGAAUAUUCCUCCAAAGAUGCUCCCCCUCCCUCCUAUAAAAGGAGGGGUGCCCCCAAUGUGAAGGGGAGGCCAAUCAAACACUCUCCCCUGCCAACUUCCUCUCUCUCUAGAAAUUUGGUAGUUUAUUUCUUUAAAGAAGCUUCAAGCUUCCAUAGCUUCCAUUAAUGGCUUCUAUGCCUAAAUCAUGUAUCGUGUAUACACCCCCGAUAUUAAUAAAAAUUUCCCGUUGGCAAGGUACCACCAAAAAAAGCCCGUGGUUUUC